AUGGACGAUCUGAAACAAAAUGAUUUAAAUAAUAAUACCAAUGAAGCGGUUACUUCAAAUACUACUACUAAAAGCACUAUCGAACGUGAUUUUGUCGUCGAUAAUGAUGAAGAUGAUGAAGAACCGAUGCUAAAUACUCGUAUCAUCAAAUGCAAAUCAACGUCGAAGUCUCAAUUACCAUUACAUCUUGUACAUAAUCCACAGACUCGACAAAUUCAAAUGCCAUCGUACAACAUUCUCUCACAACAAGCACCAUCAUUGGCGACGACAGGUUAUCGAUCAAUCGAUGUACCUAAUGAACAUACAUCAAUUAAACUUCACAUUCGACGUGUUUGUAGUCCAACUGAUACAGCACCAACACCGACAACGAAUUUAUUACACCAUAAUGCAGCGACGCUAUCAGCAGCAGUUUCCCAUGAAAUAAAGCAUGAAUUUAUCGAACAUAAAACACAGCUUCUACAACAAACACAAAAACGAACAUUUUUUAACAUAAAUCAAAAUGAACAGCUACCGGCUACUUCACAGAUAAUCAAUCAACAAAACGACUUAUCGGCGCCCUCACCUUUUAAUCGCGCCAAAGAAACAACAUCAACAAUUGUUGAUAGUAGAGAUUUGCAUCAAAAUGGUAAUUCUUCUUCAACAGAUCAACCACAACAAACUACACCUAUAAUUCGAAAAGCAACAUUGAGACGCUCCACUCAAUCUCGAAUAUCAACAACAACCGAUGAAACAACGAAACAAUCGCAACAACCAUUUCCCCCUACUACUGUUGAAAAACGAAAUACGAUCUCGGUCUAUGAUUUAAAUACUUCUUUAAGUAUAGAAAAUAAUUGUUCACCCUCAAUAUAUCAAAAUAAUAGUUCAGUAGUUGAAGAAAAUAAUUAUGAUGAAAAUAACAUAAUAAAAAAUUCGCCACAACGUACAUCGAAACAACAACAAAAGCGAAAUAUACAAGAACAGCAACAACAAAAAAAAAGGCUGCGAUUGAGUGCAACAAAAACAAAACAAAAUAAUUCCGUUCCAAGUGAAUAUGUUCUUGUUGUCAAGAAUCAAUUACCUACGAUAUGUGAAAAUGGUUGUCAAACACGGGACGAUUUUUCAGAAAUUUUGCACCAGUCAGUUCAAACUAUUAAUUUAGUUAAAAUUGAUAAAUCAACGUAUAUGGACGCUAUUGAUCGACCUCUAUGUGAUCAAGCUUGUCAAACCAUUUCAUUUAAAUCGAAUGAAACUCAAACAAUGGAUUUAAAUUGUCCACAUGAUUCACAAGUUCAUCUGUGUGAAUUAAGAACACUACACACCCAAUGUGAUGGAAUACAAAGCAUUUUACAAGAAACAAUGACAUCAUCGUCAUUGAAAGGUUCCCUGUUAACACAUCAAUUACGAAAACAGUCAAUGUCUUCUUCUUCGUCACCGUCUCAAUCGCCAUCUCCAUCACUUCUGAAUCUGGUACAACGACCUGCAUCAACAACAAAUUGUUCACCGCCUAUCUGUAACAAUACACUCUCAACGAUAAGAACACCAACGCCAGAUACGGACAGGUUUCCAAAAAAUGGUGUAGAUCCUACUCAUCCAUACUCGAGCGAUCCAUAUUUAGAUUUACAAUUACAUAACGACCACAACGAUUUAUAUAAACAAUUUCAAAGUUUGGUUCACAUUGAAGAACAUCCAAAUGGUGGUGGUUCUCUAAUUCGCACUUAUUACAAUGAAUUUUCUCGUUUAUCACAGGAGAAUAUGUCGUUAUUUGUCAAUUAUUUUUUUGAUUUGGUUUAUGGUGAAAAUACGUCCACACAUCGUGCCAAUUUUUCAAUUGGUGUUUUGCAUGAUGGUGCCAAAUAUUUGCCAGAUCUUGUUGAUUACUUUAGUUUACAAUAUCCAAAAAUGAUUGUAAAAACAUCGAAUUUGACUAGUUCAAAAGAAAUAUGUACAAUGACAAUGGGAGAAUAUCGAAAUAAAAUUAUUCAAUCAUAUUGCAAUGGAACAUUUCGCUUUGGUCCACUGUUACAUAUUUCACUUGUCGGAACAGUUAGCGGAAAAGAAGAAUGUGGUGAUUAUUUUCCAACAUUUAUCGAUAAAUUAGAAGAAAAUCAAUUUUUAAAAUGUGUGAUGCCAUGGGGUUCAAGUUCAAGUUUAAAAAUGGCAUCUAGAACAGAGAGUAAUGAUGGACCAAUUUUAUGGGUGAGACCUGGAGAACAAUAUGUGCCAACAGCCGAACAAAAAAGUUGUCAUCCAAAAAAACGGAUAGCUAAUGAACUACGAAAUUUGACUUUUACUGCUCGUGGUUCAGAGCCAAGAGAAAUCCUUGUUGAAGAUCGUACAAAACCUCAUUCAGAUCACUGUGGUGGUGGUAGUAUAGAAACAACAGCAGCUGUCGGAAUACUGAAAGCUGUUCAUGCUGGAUCACCAUCAACUGUGAAUCGUAUGGUUAAAGAUGUUGUUUGUUUUCACGCUGACGAUUUUGAAAAAGUUGUAGAAAAAUUAAAACUUGAUGUUUACGAACCUCCAGCAACACAAUGUUUAGUUUGGUGUGACGAAGGUAAACUGAAUCAAUUGCGUCGCGAUGGAAUUCGUUAUGUGCGCCUCUUUUUGUAUGAUAAUGAUAUUUAUUUUAUUCCACGUAAUGUUGUUCAUCAAUUUCGAACUCUAUCUGCUGUGACAUCAAUUGCUUGGCAUGUGCGACUAAAAAAUUAUUAUCCAGAAGAAACAAAUGAUGAUGAAUAUGCUCCCAUGUAUAGUCCUAUAUCACCUUAA